CCACCCGUGGGGGGAGGAGGAAGAAACCAUUCCACUGGAGUCACCAGUUGGAGUGAACUACCUGAAAGGCCGAGAGUGGGCGGGGAAAACCUAGUGCCCUGCCUCAUGGGAAGAAACCAUUUGCUGAAGGGCUAGAAAUACAUCACUGGCCCUGCAAGGAGGGCAGAAGAAGGUGCAAAAAACGAAAGGAAAUUAGAGACGCUGCAAGGCCCAGGUCCAGCCUGGCGAACCUCCCGCAGCAGCUCAUCUUGCAGAUCUGUGGCCUGUGCUCCCCUUCCUAAACCUACUGCAGACCAACAACUUCAGCUGGGGGACCACACACUGCUAGACCUGGCUAUAUUCCCAGAUGGGACCUUCCUUUCUAUUCAUUCCUUCUAGGACACCAUGGACACCCGGGCACCAGCCACCCAGCCUUUCCAGAGGGCUGAGAAACCUGGUCGGGUCCGCCGUCGGAAGACCAGGCGGGAGCGUAACGAGGCCUUGGUGGGCAGCCGCCGGCCAUUGGCCCGUCAGGAUCCUCCUGUGGCCAGUCGGAACCCGCCUUUGGCCCUCCGGGAUCCCGUGGCCCCUACUGCCCCCAAGCUGGUGGUCAUAACCCAGGGCCGGCUGAGCAGGGAGCACCGGGGCCUCUUCAACCACGAGGUGAAAUCUCUGGACGUGGCACGGCUGCUGAGCAGUGGGUCCCUGGAUCCAGUCACCCCCACACUGACUACCAAGCCUUCCCCAAGCCCAGACAGGGCCAGAGAACCAGCCUUACAGUCAAGAGGCAAGGAGAACCAGGUGCCUGGAGGCUCGGGCCCAGGCCCACCUAGUCCUCCCAAGCUCCCUGGCUUGGGGCAGCUGCUGGCGGAGCUGCAGUGUCAUCUGAUUCUGCCACAGGCCUUCCCCAGGAGGAACCUAGUGCAAGAGGCCAGGGACACCAUCGUGGGUACCUUACAGGCCUGCCAUGGCUGUGUGCCUGACCUUAUGGUGGUGCUCCGGGGCAGCCAGCCACCCUUGUCAGGGACCAAGCCUGGGGGCCCUGAGAGACGAAGAAUGACACCCUCUUGGGUCAACAGCCCUGAGCAGGCCCCAGGGGAGAGGAGGCGACAGGGGACAAAGGCAUUCACCUUUACCAUGCCUCACACCUCCAGCACUCCCGCUACACACAGGGUGAGCGUGGCACCACCAAAAAGUCCCUGGCUACCCCCAUUGCCCUCAAUGUCUUCGCCAUCCGGGGUGGCCUGGGGCCCCCCAACUGCCUUUGACCUGCUGAAAAGCAUCUGGCUGGUAGCCACACCGCCCCCUCCCCGGCCCUGGGAGGUUCGCUCACAACAGCCCCUGCCUCACCUGCCAUCACCCUUGUUGCCCCGAAACUCUGCCCUGGACUGGAGUCCCAACCCCCCCGUCCUGCAGCCCAGCCUCUCCUGGUUGGUGACUCAGAGCAGCCCAGAGGCCUGGUCCUUUCCACCCAUGAGAUUGUACUGAGAAGGCUAAUGCUGGGAUGGGGGCAGGAAUCCUGCACUUCUAAUCACCUCAAUAAAGUAUCUUCUU